GAAUUUUCAUGAAUUGUGUGAUGAUGCAACAACGAUCCUCCUGGAUAUAUCGUACGUGGUGGAAACAAGCGAGUAAAAUAUUUUAUCCCAAAAGGAACCUCUUCAAAGAUAGAAUAGUAGGACAGACAGAAUCUGCCAACCAAGGAGGAGAGGAGUCCUUAAGUUGUACUCUUUCUGAAGUGGGUGAACAGCCUCUCAAGAUAGACGAUAGUUGUAUCAAGCGUUUGAAGUUUGUUGGUAACCAGAGAGGAGGAAAACCGGUUGCUUUAAGAGUAGCAGUGGAUAGUGGAGGUUGUUCAGGGUUUCAGUAUGCUUUUGAGUUGACAGAGGAAAAGGCAGCAGAGAAUGAAACUAUUAUUGAGAAAGAUGGAGCUAAAAUAUAUGUUGACGAUAUUUCUCUGCCGUUUUUGAAGGGAAGUACGGUUGCUUUUGUUGAGGAACUGAUGAGUAGUUCUUUCCGAGUGUUGAAUAAUCCUAGUUCGGAAGGAGGAUGUAGUUGUGGAACUUCGUUUUCUCCCAAGAUGUAAUAUAUAUAUAUAUAUAUAUAUAUUAUAUGUAUGUAUGUUUGUGAGAGAAUGAGUUGUUGGAUGAAGAAGAAGGAGACUAUCAUGCAAUACAUUGCGUUAAAAGAAUAGGAAGACUCAUAGAAAUGUCUACAAGAAAUCAUUACCAAGUGAGAAUGGAUCGUUGAUAAAAGACCAAGUUGAACA